AUGUCAGAACGUCUUUUAGAUUUUUCAAUUUCCUAAGAUUCAAUUACAUUAAUUCAUACAAGAAAUCGUCAUUACAAUUAUAUAAUGGGCAGCAUUAUAUUAAAUUCAAUCACUCUUUUAGCAUUCAGCAUAAUACAAGGAUACAUCUUAAGAAGUCAUUAAGAUUGGGAUGCUAUAACAGUGUUAAUUUUUGCAUGUUUUAAUUAUUUUGAUUUUAAUAAGGCAUUACUAUUAUAUUAGAAGGGUUUAGUCUAUUAUAAGUAUUCCACAUGAAGACAUAAAAAUUAAUAAUAACAACAUCUGUGUAAGUAUAGUUUUGAGAGUUAUUUUAGAAUAAUUGUUACUGAAACUUUAAUAUUAGCAAUAUCAAUAUAUUAAGCAACAACAGAAGAAAUUGAACAUGAUGAGAAAUUUGAGAUAAUAAUUUAAGUUUUCGCAAUAAUUUUAUUUUUCAUAAUAGCCAUAAUAAAAUUGCUUUUGGUUAUCCAGUUGAAAAAGAUAUUAGAUUUAACAAAAGCCACAAAUUUAAUUAAGGAAGGAAUAAAGAGUAAGCAAGCAUAUGAAAACUUUUCUAAAACCUUAAAGUGA